GCACAGAGAUAUUUGCAACAGUCUGCAUUAGCCAAAAUGGCGUCUGCUGUGUUGAAAAUUGGCCGGGUCAUUAGAAAAAAUGUAUUUUUAUCAAAGAUAAAGAACCCAGGAACAUCAUUUUUGCGACAUGAACAAUUUCACAAAUGUCCACCAAAGUCAGCUGCCAGUCAGAUUUUAAUGCCGUCCCUGUCACCAACAAUGUCAGAGGGAACCAUAGUAAAAUGGUACAAAAAGGAAGGAGAUACUAUAAAUGCUGGAGAUGUUUUGUGUGAUGUACAAACUGACAAAGCUGUUGUUUCUUUUGAUACUGAAGAAGAAGGAAUCAUGGCAAAAAUAAUUAAACCUGAGAAUUCGACUGAAGUGAAGAUCGGAACACUGAUUGCUAUCAUGGUAGAGGAAGGAGAUGAUUGGCAGAAUGUUGAAAUACCGGCUGAAACUGAACCGCCAGCCGAACAGACUGCUCAAACCUCCGCCGCCUCCAGUCCAAGCCCGAGUACUGCCCCUAGCCCAACUACACAAAGCCCAGUGGCUGUACCACAAGAUUUACAUGCUCAUGGUAUUGGACCAUCUGUGAGAAAGUUAGUGGAGGAAUAUGCAGUCCCUGUUAAUAAAAUAAGUGGAUCAGGACCACAUAAUAGAAUAACAAAGGGAGACGUUGUUAAGUACAUAAAGUCAAACAAUCUACAGAGACAGUCGUUGUCUGUGGAGCCUGUAUCAGGGGAAAUAACUCCAGCAGUAGCAUCUACACCAUCUACAGGCAGUUAUAUCCCAUCUAUUAUACCAGAACUUGAUGGUGAAGAAUUUAUUGAUAUACCAAACUCUGGAAUGAGAAGCACUAUAGCAAAGAGAUUAACACUAUCAAAGACAACCAUCCCACAUUCAUAUGCUACAAUGAAUUGUAAUGUUGGUCCUGUAACAAAACUUCGCAAACAGCUAAAACAAGAAGACGUUAAAGUUUCGGUCAACGAUUUUAUCAUAAAAUCUGCAGCACUCGCACUACAGAGAGUGCCUCAAGUGAAUACUGUAUGGGAAAAUGAUAGCCCUAGUUCUUUACUAAAUGUUGACAUCUCAGUUGCCGUGGCAACAGAUAAUGGACUUAUUACACCUAUAGUUAAAAAUACUCCUCAUUUAGCAGUAGAUGAAAUAUCAGCUACAGUGAAAGACCUGGCUGAGAGAGCUAGAGCAAAUAAAUUACAGCUUCAUGAGUUCCAGGGUGGCUCUUUUACGAUCUCAAACCUCGGUAUGUUUGGUAUUGGAGAAUUUUCUGCAGUCAUAAACCCACCACAGACGGCCAUUAUGGCAGUUGGUUCAUCACGUGUUGUUUUGGGCCAGGAUGGAAAGCCCGAAUCUCAGAUGACAGUAACUUUAUCUUACGAUGCUCGUGUAAUUGACGACGCAGAGGCGUCACAAUUUCUAGAAGUUUUUAGAGACAUUAUUGAAAAUCCAGAAUUAAUGUUAAGUGGACGACCAGCUUCUAAAAGAUCAAACCCUUUAAUGUGAUACUGAUACUAACAUUGUUAGUCUAGAUAAUGAAUUAUUUCAAUUAUACCGGUUAAGUUAUUAUGCAUGUUUUUGUACAGAUAUUUGAAUUAAGCAAAUGUCAGAUUGUGGUAAUAUGAAUUUCAUGACAUCAUUCUAAAUGUUAAAGAAAUAUUCAACAAGUGACAGUAUUAUAGAUGAGGAUGUAUAACUUGGUAACUGUUGUAUUUGAGAUUCAGAUACAUACAGAUGUUUACUGUUUAAUAGAAUAGCAAAGAAAUUGAACAUGUAGUUGUUAUAAGGAUUACAUGUAUAUAAUUACUUUGAAUUAUGUGUCAGACUCGAACUUAAGGUUUGUUAAUAUAUAAAGAC